AUGCCUGAGGCUCCAAAGAACACACCUAAGGCCACAGAAUAUAGUCCUUUAGAGAGGAACAAGAAGGUUCUUCAAUUCAUUGAAGAUGUCACCAUAAAAGCUGAUGAAGUCCAAAAGAAAGUUCUUGCUGAAAUCCUCUCUCGUAAUGCCCAUGUGGAGUACUUAGAACGCCAUGGCCUCGGUGGGUAUACUGAUAGAGAGAUUUUCAAGAAAAUCAUGCCUGUGAUAACUUAUGAAGACAUUCAGGCUGAUAUCAAUCGUAUAGCCAAUGGGGACAAGUCUCCUAUCCUCUCCUCACUACCCAUUUCAGAGUUCUUAACAAGUUCUGGUACAUCUGGAGGAGAGAGAAAAUUGAUGCCUUCCAUUGAAGAAGAGCUGGAGAGGAGAUCAUUGCUUUAUAGCCUUUUGAUGCCUGUGAUGAACCAAUCUGUUCCUGGUUUGGACAAAGGCAAAGGAAUGUAUUUCUUGUUCAUAAAAUCUGAGGCUAAGACGCCUGGUGGGCUAGUGGCCCGUCCUGUUCUCACUAGUUACUACAAAAGCUCACAUUUUAAGGAAAGGCCUUAUGACCCCUACACAAACUACACUAGCCCAAAUGAAACCAUUCUUUGCCCAGAUUCAUACCAAAGCAUGUAUUCCCAAAUGCUCUGUGGCCUCUGCCUAAACAAGGAAGUCCUUCGGGUUGGUGCCGUUUUUGCCUCCGGGUUCAUUCGGGCAAUCAAGUUCCUCGAAAAGCACUGGACCCUUCUCUGUAACGAUAUCAGAACCGGUUUAAUUAACCCCCUAAUUACUGACCCAUCGGUUAGGGAGGCCGUGAUGAAAAUCCUCAAACCCGACCCAAAAUUAGCAGAUUUCAUUGAGGCUGAAUGUAGGAAGGGGUCAUCGCAGGGGAUUAUAACGAGGUUGUGGCCUAACACCAAGUAUGUGGAUGUUAUUGUGACAGGUACUAUGUCACAAUACAUACCGACCCUUGAUUACUAUAGCAAUGGCCUUCCUCUUGUGUGUACAAUGUAUGCCUCCUCAGAGUGUUAUUUUGGUGUCAAUCUGAACCCUCUUUGCAAGCCUAGUGAUGUCUCUUAUACCCUCAUUCCCACCAUGGCCUAUUUUGAGUUCUUACCAGUUCAUAGAAACAAUGGUGUCACCACCUCUAUCAAUAUGCCAAAAUCUCUGAGUGAGAAAGAACAGCAAGAGUUGGUUGAUCUUGUUGAUGUGAAGCUUGGUCAAGAAUAUGAGCUUGUUAUCACCACUUAUGCCGGACUUUAUCGGUAUCGGGUUGGCGAUGUGCUAAGAGUUGCUGGAUUCAAAAACAAGGCCCCUCAGUUCAACUUCAUUUGCAGAAAAAAUGUUGUUCUGAGCAUUGAUUCGGACAAAACCGAUGAGGUUGAGCUUCAAAAUGCUGUGAAGAAUGCCCUGAACCAUCUCAUGCCCUUUGAUGUAACACUUACAGAAUACUCGAGCUAUGCAGACACUUCAACAAUCCCAGGCCACUAUGUCCUCUACUGGGAGCUUAGAACCAAUGGCUCAACACCAAUUCCUCCUUCGGUUUUCAAGGACUGUUGCCUCACCAUCGAAGAGUCCCUCAACAGUGUGUACCGCCAAGGCCGUGUUUCCGACAAGUCAAUCGGCCCUCUGGAGAUCAGGAUUGUCGAAACCGGGACGUUUGAUAAGCUCAUGGACUAUGCCAUUAGCUUAGGUGCCUCAAUUAACCAGUACAAGACACCCCGGUGCGUGAAAUUUGCACCCAUUGUUGAGCUCUUGAACUCCAGGAUUAUGUCAUGCUAUUUUAGUCCAAAGUGCCCCAAAUGGAUUCCUGGCCAUAAGCAAUGGACCAACAUGAACUGAAG